UGGAAGGCGUGCGUCAUGUUGCUCCACGUCACAGCCGGGCGCUGCUCCGGUUUGAAGGGGUCAGAGUUCACGCAGAGGCUGGACGUGGACAGACUGUCCUCUGGUAGGACGCCCUGUCCCCUGCACCGGAGCGGCUGCAGGAUGAAGGCGCUGCGGGUCGGACUCACCCUGGUUCGGCACGGAGAGACGGAGUACAACAAGGCAGGACUGUUACAAGGCCAGGCCGUGGACUCGUCCCUGUCAGAGACGGGUCGGCAGCAGGCUGCGGCUGCAGGCUCUGACCUCAGAGACGUCGGCUUCAGCAACGUGUUCAGCAGCGACAUGCGGCGCGCGCAGCAGACUGCUGAGAAGAUCAUGCAGCAGAACAGCAGCUGUCUGCGGCUCCAGAUGGUGUGUGACCCUUUGCUGAAAGAGAGAAGUUUUGGGGUCGCAGAAGGCGGACGGGUUGAGGACCUCAGGCAGAUGGCCAGGGCGGCGGGGGAACCGUUUCCGGGUUUCACCCCUCCGGAGGGCGAGACUCCAGAUCAGGUCAGGAAUCUGUUAGUCAUUCACCGACUGGCCACCAGGUGGCAGCAGACAGCCAGAGGUUCUUUAUCCAAAUACAGCGGGAGGGGGGGGGAAGAUCAUCUAGACCAGUGGUCCUCAACCACCGGGCCGCGGACCGGUACCGGUCCAUGGACUAAUUGGUACCAGGCCGCUAAAGAAAUGGACCUCACCAAGCUCUGCCCAGAAACGCCCCUCGACAGUCCUACAUGA